AUGGACUCAAUUGUCGCUCAAAUCAAAGCCUUGGCCGAUACUGCAAAUGAGGCCGGUCGGCUGGAGAUCAUAAAGACUCUUCAGCAGGUGAAAGUUGACCUUCAAACUCCAAAAGAUGUCUUGUUUGAGCUUGUUGGUCUUGGUGGCACAACCAUUGCGAUGCUGAGAGUCGGCCAAGACCUGGGAAUCUUUGAUCUGCUUUCGAAGACUGAAGUUUCUAUUUCCGUGGCUCAAGUCGCCGAGAGAGUAGACGCAGCUCCUGAGCUACUGGAGAGAGUUCUCCGUCACCUAGGAGCAACCAACACCAUCAAAGAAACAGGACCAAAUGAAUAUACUGCGAACGAUGUGACCCAAAUCCUGGGUAGUCCUUUUGGCGAGGGUCUUAUUCAUCAGGCAUUCAACCUCUACUUGCCUCUCAGCCAAGCAACGCCAACGUUCUUUGCAGAAAAUAACUACAAAGACGUAAUUGACAACCGGCACACACCACUCCAAAAAGCAUUCGACACGAAACUGACGUCGUUCGAAUGGUUCUUCCAACACCCAGAGUACAUGGAAGCAAUGCACAAGACCAUGGGCGCACUGCAAGGAACCGAAUGGACAGAAGGGUUCACCCUCCUCGAGACUGAAAUCCAAAAGGUCACCGUGACACCUCCGACCCCCAAAUCACACCCAUUCCUAGUGGACAUCGGCGGCAGCCACGGCCACCAAUGCAUUGAACUAGCAAAGAAAUACCCAAGUCUUCUGAACCACCUGGUCUUGCAAGACCUCCCUGUGACAGUCGACAAACUGGCACCAAUAGAAGGUGUGAAGGUUGAAGCCUAUAACUUCUUCGAGACACAGCCCGUGAAAGACGCCAAAUUCUAUUACCUCCGCCGAAUCAUGCACGACUGGCCCGACGAUAAAGCAGCGCAGAUCCUAGUAAAUACUGCUGCGGCCAUGGGACCCGACUCGCGCAUUUUGAUCGACGAUGUGGUUAUGCCUGAAACCGGUGCGAACUGGCAGGCAACUAUGGCUGAUAUUUCAAUGAUGAUCUUGGCUGGGAGGGAGCGCAGUCGAUCUCAGUAUGAGCAUCUUGCAAAAUUGGCAGGAUUGCAGGUUCAGUCUGUUCAUUCCUAUGCUGCUUCGACUUAUACUGCUAUUGUUGUCAUGGUCAAGGAGUGA